AUGAGGGAAAUCUGUCAUAUACAAGCUGGCCAAUGUGGCAAUCAAAUCGGUGCUAAAUUCUGGGAAGUUAUAUCUGACGAGCACGGCAUAGAUUCAACCGGAAUAUAUAAAGGGGAUUCCAAUUUACAGUUGGAACGAAUCAAUGUGUUUUACACCGAGGCCUUUGCYGGAAAGUACGUGCCCCGAGCGGUACUCGUGGAUUUAGAACCUGGUAGCAUUGACAUGGUGAGGUCGGGUAAAUAUGGUAAUUUAUUCCGACCAGAUAACUUUGUUUUCGGGCAAUCUGGCGCGGGAAACAACUGGGCAAAGGGCCAUUACUCCGAAGGCGCMGAAUUGAUGGAUUCAGUCUUUGAUGUAAUCAG